UACUAGAGGAAGGAAAGACAGAGAGACCUCAGAAGUUAUAACUUGAAUAUAAGCAGGGCAAGGGUUUCAGGUCUUACAGUCGCCGUUUACCCUUUGCACAAAACAGAACCGAUCUAUACACUCCACCGCCGCUCUCCGUCCGUCGCCCAUCAACUCCGCCGCUGCAGCAUCGCCUUCUUUCGCAUGAGUCAAUAGGUUCGCUCUGUUCAGCUCUGUACCCACUUUGAUUUAAAGAGUCAAUUCAGAUAUGUAUCCUUCUCGUGGGACUAACGCGUAUGGCCAGCAGCAGAGCUACUCCUCCCAAGCCGCGUAUCCGCAAAAUCUGGUAUCUGGUCACUCUGCUAGCUCUGCUGCAGUACCUGAUGGGUCCUCUCAACUGCUAGCUGCUUCACGUCAUUCAUCAAUGUUAGGUGGCUCUCAAGAAGCCAAUGCUAGUGGAUACAGAACUCAUGGUCAUCACCCCUCUUCUGGACCUAACUAUGGUGGGCAAUACAGUGCCGUGUAUGGCUCUUCCGCUCAACAGACUGGUACUGGAAGUGGAAAAGCAUCUGCAUCAUCAACUCUGGAAGGUCGCACCGGUUUCAAUUCAUCUAUUACCGACUCAACUAAAUACACAUUGGGUGACUAUGUUUCAUCAUCUGGCCAUGCAUAUGGCCAUAAAGCUGAAGUUUUUUCGGAGAGGGUUGGGGAUUACUCGACCUUGGAAAGACGUCAAUAUGCUGAACGUCAUAGUACCUAUGCAGGGGGUAGAGAUUUGAACAUUGAACCCACCUCCCACUAUCAGGAAAACAUUUCUUUUAAUAAACACCAGGCAGAAAUAUAUGACCGCAUGGAUCAAGCAUCAAUCAUCAGAAAAGAACAACUGCUAAAGGCUCAGGGACUGCAAUCCGGACCCCUUGAAGGGGUUCCAAGACAAGGUGACUAUCUUGCAGCAAGAACUGCUGCUGUUCGUCAUGCAGCACAAAAUCGUCUCUCAGCUCAAGAACUUAUCGCUUAUAGCACCCGAUCCGACCCCGAUCCCCACACAUUAUCAACAUUAGGCAGUUCGUCAUUCGAUGGUCAGCACGCUCCUUCAAUCUUAGGGGCAGCACCACAGAGAAGAUUAGAUGACCUCAUAUACUCUCAAAGUUCUUCAAAUCCUGGUUACGGUGUGAGCCUGCCGCCUGGUAGAGACUACGGAAUUGCUAAAGGGCUUCAUGCAUCAUCUCUCGAUUCAGAUUUUCCAAGUAUUUUGGCACGCCAUUCAAGGAUGGAUGAUUACAAGGACGACAGGAUUGCUUAUGCUCGGGAGCUUGAGCGGGUGGAAAAGGAGCGCCUAUACUUGCGCGCUCAUGAUAAAGACAGAGAAAGGGAGAAGGAAAGAGAGCGAGAAAGAGACCGGGAGCGUGAACGAGAAAAGGAGCGAGAGCGCGAACGACAAAGAAAAAGAGAAAGAGAACGAGAACGAGAACGCAUUUUGGAGCGGAAGGAAAAAGAACGUGAUAAUGAGCGCAAACGUGGAACUGAAGCUAGACGUGAAAGGACACCUCCAAGAAUAUCCAGGGAGCCCCGGGGUACAUCACUUACCAAGGACAGUAAGUCCUUAAGACGUGAUUCUCCGCGGCAUGAAGUUCUGCAUAGGCGCCAUUCACCAGUUAAAGAAACAAGAAGAGAAUAUGUGUGCAAAGGUUUACUCAUCUAGCUUGUUGGAAGCAGAAAGAGAUUAUUUGGCAUUAGAUAAGAUAUAUCCCCGGCUUUUCAUUUCGCCUGAAUGCACAAAGGUAGUUGUACAUUGGCCUAAGGGGAAUCUAAAGCUUUCUUUGUAUACGCCUGUCAGUUUUGAGCAUGAUUUUGUUGAAGGGGAGGCUUCAGAUGAGCAGAAAUUGUUGUCACCAAGCAAGCCUGCAAGUGACCUUAAAAAAUCAGAUCAUGGACUUACCAUAUGGAAUGCCAAGAUGAUUCUGAUGAGUGGACUCAGUAAAAAUGCUUUGGAUGAGCUAUCAUCUGACAGGAACUAUGAUGAUCGCAUACCUCACUUCUGUAAUAUGUUGAGAUUUGCAAUUCUUAAAAAAGACAAUUCUUUGAUGGCAAUUGGAGGCCCGUGGGACAUUGUUGAUGGUGGGGAUCCGUCAGUUGAUGACUCUGCAUUGGUUAAGACGAUUCUUAGAUAUGCAAAGGAGAUAACAAAUCUGGAGUUGAAGGACUGCCAAAACUGGAAUCGUUUCCUAGAGAUACAUUAUGAUAGAUUUGGAAAGGAUGGCAUGUUCAGUCACAAGGAGGUGACUGUUUAUUUUGUUCCAGACUUGUCUGAUUGUAAACCUUCGAUGGAUUUGUGGCGUGAACAAUGGGUCAAAUACAAGAAGGCAAUUGCUGAACGAGAACGCAUGGAGGCUCUCAGGAGAGAGAAACAUGAAGAAGUGAAGGAUAUCAAAGACAAGGAUCUUGAGAAACAGAAAGAUGCCAAGCGGGACACAAAAGGGGAUAAGAAGAAUGAGAAUGGCGCCAAGCUGAAACAGAACAAAGCUGAUAAGGAUGGAAGUGAUAAAAAAGCAACACCGAACAAAGCUGACAAGGAAGGAAGUGAUAAAAAAACAACACAAAAAAAAACUAGUAAGCCUGGAAGUGACAAGAAGACUGCACAGAGCAAAGCUGUCAAAGAUGGAAGCGAAAAGAAAACAAUACAGAGUGAACAUGGAGUUGUUGAAACUCAUGAUGAGAGCACUACUGACUCUGUUGCUGUGAUUAAAACUGGUGAAGGUGAAACUGAUAUUCAACCUGAAGCUAGUGUAAAGACCGGGAAGAAGAAAAUUGUAAGGAGAAUUGUGAAGAAAGCCGUAAGUAAGAAAGUGGAUGCUAGUACUUCUAAAGAAGACGAUGAGGUGAUGCAUGGGAAAGCUGAAGAAAAAGCUGCAGACGAAGAUGGUGUCUCUAAACAGGAUGCUUCUGCCACUCCUAAUUCAGUUAAAACUUUUGUGAGGAAGAAGAUUAUUAAGAAGGUCCCUGUUGUGAAAACAGCUAACAAGGUUAAUGAACCAACACCUUCCGAGGUUAAUAAAUCAGCGCCUUCUGAGACAGUGAAAAAUGGUGUUGACAACAUCUCUGUGGUCCAGGGAGCCAGUGUGAAGAGGACUAUCAAGAAAAAAAUUAUUAAAAGGGUGCUUAAAAGGAAAGUUGCCGCAGACAGUAGCAAUGGUGGUGUAAAUGUUGCCGAGGAUAACAAAGAUCACAUGGAGGAACAAAUAUCAGUGAAAGGUGACAUUGAUGAGGUGCAAAUAGCAUCUAAUUCUCAGGAAGGUUUAAUCUCUUCAGAAAUUAAAGUUAUUCCUAAAGUGGAACAACCAUCCCCACCAGCUGUGACUAAAGAGAAAAGAGUUGAAGAAGUAUGUAACACUACUUUGUCCAAAACAGAGUCAGGAACCAAUACUGAAAAGAAGAGUUCUCCGAAUAAUGAUUGUGUGAAGCUGGAAGCGAAGGAGCAACCUGAUGAAGACAAAGACAAGAAGGAAAAAAAAGACACUUCUAAAAGCAAAUCAGUUAAAGAGGUGAAAGAAAAGAGAAGUGAGGACAAGCGAGAUGAAAAAGAUAUUUCCAAAAGCAAAUCAAUCAAGGAGGUGAAAGUAAAGAAAAGUGAUGAACCACCCCGCCAUCCUGGGUUCAUUCUUCGAACACAAGGUGACAAAAAUUUCAAGUUGCAAUCAAUGUCACUCUCCCUUGAUUCUCUCUUGGAUUAUACUGACAAGGAUGUAGAUGAUUCAAGAUUUGAGCUUUCACUGUUUGCUGAAUCUAUGUAUGAGCUGCUUUAUUAUGAAAUGGGUUCCCGUCUCUUGACAUUUCUCAAGGAGCUGCGCAUUAACUCUACAAUCAAGAGAAACCAGCGGAAAAGAGAGCGAGAUGAAGCAUCCAAGAGAGAGACUGAAGAAAAAUCGGCGGCAAAGCGAGCAAAAACAGAAGAGUCUAAGGAUGAUAAUGAAUUACCCGGGGUGGACAAGCACAACAAGGAUGCUAUUUCUGAUGGGAAAGAAUCCCCUUCGAAGGAAGAAGCAACUACUAUCUCUUCUGCUAAGAUUGAAGAAGUUAAGAUUCAAGAUGAUUCUUCUGUGCAAAAUAACACUGACGAAGACGAAGAUGAAGAUCCGGAGGAAGAUCCUGAUGAAUAUGAAGAAAAUGCAGAAGAUGAAGAAAUGGUUGAUGUGAAAUCCGAGAAUGAAACAGACAAGGAAAAUGUUGAAGGCAAAACUGAUGGUGAUACUAAUACUGAGAAUGUUGACGGGGAUGAGAUGGAUGGGAAACAGGUAACGUGUGUAGAUGCUUCUAAAUCAAGUACAGAUGCUGAUGUAAGCAGCAAAGGUGAUAAGGUAACUAAGGCAGAGAUAGAGGCAAAGAGUGCCCAUGUGGAGAUUGACAAAGAUCUGUUGCAGGCUUUCAGAUUUUUUGACCGAAACCGAGUGGGGUACGUAAGGGUUGCAGAUCUCAGAUUGAUUAUUCAUAAUUUAGGGAAAUCCCUCUCGAACCGGGAUGUGAAGGAUUUGGUCCUGAACGCCCUUGUAGAGAGCAAUACAUCGAGGGAUGACCGGAUUAUUUACAACAAGCUUGUCAAGAUGUCUGCUUGAACUGCCCUUAAUCAGUAGGCUCAGACACUCAGUAGUACUUGUCACAUUUAAAAUAUUAGUUUAGGAUUUCCGGUUUCAAAGUCUCCGCAUGUUGCAGCUCUUUUAAUUAUGGAUUUUGAUUUUUUGUCUGAUCAUUUAACUGUUCUUUUUAAACAAAAAAUGGCUUAGUUUAUGUUCUUUUGUCUGAUCAUCAA